AUGUCGAUUGAGCAAUCUCUAAGCAACAUUAUCGAUGAAGAUCAAGCUUCCACCGAUGCAAAGCACAAAGUAACUAGGUAUCGCCGUAGGGAUUUGAGGAAUAGCCUGGCCUCUCGAAUCGGUACAAUCGAGAACUUGCCCAGAGAAGGUAGUGAGGAGCGGGGGAGAGAAUCUUCUUUACCUCCAAAGAGGCGAGUCAAACUCACCAAUAUCCCACUCGACGUUUCUGACUACACUUUGGAAGACAUGAUGAAGGAGUACGGCAACCCAAUCUAUUCAAAUAUCUAUGAUUCUAAAGACAGUAGAACGGCGGUGUUUGAGUUCGAAGACGAGGCAGUCAUCGAGAAGAUAUUGGAAAAGUACAACGACACUGAUCUUAACGGUGCUCGAUUGCGUGUGGAGGUAUUUAAUUUGAACGACAAGAAGAACAGACGUCGGAACAGGAGGGCGAACCAGUUCUCCAGCCGUGGUAGUCACUAUGGUGUUCGCAAAGAACGGGGCACUCAACGUGAGCGAGUGAAAAUGCCUACAGUCCAGGACUUGGAUGCGGAGUUGGAAGAAUAUAUGAAUAGUUAA